CUGGAUGGGGCCAAUUAGCAGAGAACUGUCUGCAAUAACGUGCUGAUGCUGCUGUGUCGGAGAGGGCAUUGCUUACCAGCCCCCAGCACUGGCACUCUGGUUGGACAUAGCAGAUAUCUGCUGACGCUUUGAAACUCUCUUCUCUGUCCUGCCAUUGCCCUGGCAAUAUUUUUAAGAACACAAAGGACAGAGCAUUCGAGCACUGCUGGGGAAUCGGAUAAAAAUCAAGGGCACACUUGAGAGGAGCUGUAGUUGAGGGUGCGUUUCGAAUCAGGUUGCUUUGUCCUGUCCCCAGAAGCCCCAGUACACAGUCAGCUCUACCAGGGCGCCUUGGAAGUAAAUGCGAAGUUACUAUUCCUAUCCUUCAAAGUUUUCUGCUGAGCUAAGAACAGAAAAGCCUUGCUUGCCUUUACACUACCAGCUGCUUUGCUGUGCCUCCCUGCUACCAAAGCACCGUGCCCUUGCACCCGCAGAUCAGCUCCCCGAGCCCGGCCCUGCAGGAGCAGCUCAGACCUCCCCGACCUGCGCACAAGCACUUUGAAAGCCAGCGUCCCUGCUGCACGCCUGGUGCAGCUAAAUCGCACUCGUACAGCUCAGGCACCCGUCCUCCAGAUUGUUUAGGUACAGAUCCAACUUGCUCAACAAAAGAUGGGACUUUCAGGCUUGCUUAUAAGAUUUGGGAGCCCGAGCCAACGGACUUGACUUUGAACACAGCUUGGGCUGAUUACUUUUGGAAAGCCCAGCCUGGGCAGAGUCCAACAACACGCCUGGAGUCCUCUCUAGCAAGUACAAGCUCUCUGUGCACAUGCUGCAGGGAGAAGAAGAGCUCUGGGGGCACGAAGUGAGUACCCACUCCCAGCACUGAAUGUGAACGUGUGCCUGGCAGUCAGCAGCUCAGAGCAGUGCUGUGUCCUGGGGACAUGUUUUGACGACACAAAUGUCAACACCUGCCCUGUUUCCUCAGCCACUUCUGCAGCCUGGGCUUGAUGCCUCUGAGCCUGUCUGUAUAGAAAAGUGCCCACAUUCCUUCCAGCUCCAAAUGAAGGAAGCGGAUCUGUCACUGGAAGCACAGCCUCCCACUGCUGGUCUCAGUGCUCUCAGGCUCAAGCUCGUUGAGCAGCGCCCUGGUUGUGACUUGCCAGCUGCCCCUCUGGUCCCAGGAGUAUUGCGUGGGGUAUAUGGGAGCAGCUGAUGAGCACCAGCUCCCCCAGCACCCAGCAGCAGGGGGGCAGCUGGGGAGGACGUAUUUUUUUCUUGUGCACAUUUUGCUCCAGCAUCCUCAGCCCAUGAGAGGUAUCUUGCACCCAAGGUGCCAGUGGGAAUCUGAAAUCCCACAGAAAAGGAGACAGGAGGGCUACAGGCAGGAAGCCUGACUGCCACAGGAGCUGCUGGGGCACAGGUGGAGCCGAGGUGUGCUCACAGCAUGCCAGCUCCAUCCCACCCCUGGUGAAGGUGCAUCUGCUCGCUGCGGUCCACGCUGGCACCUGGCGAGAGGACCCCGGUGCUGGUCCUGGGGGCUCCUCCCAGGGCAUCUCACCCCCCUGCCAGGUAAGGCAGCUGCCAGAGCCAGCCCUGCAGUGAGCGUGUUCACACCGAGACGUUACUGAGCAAGCGGGCAGCGAGCCCCCUGCACCCCAUCCUGCCUACCCUGCUACAGCUGGGUGCAUAGAUUAACAAGUUAUUUCCUACAUUCAAGCUUGAAAGAAGGAGGAGACUGUGAGGGAACUGAAUUGAUUAGGAGGAUGCUGGUAUAUAAGAGCAUCUGCCAUCAGCUGAGUCAAUGUGAGCCCAGCUAAUGCAAAAGGUGGAAGCAGGGGCUAAAACCAACAGGAGCCACCUUUUACACAGCUGAUUAUUUUGGCAUGGAAAUAAGAGAACGUGUGUUUCACUGGAGUCGGCACCCAGCAACAGGCAUCGCACCUGCCCGCAUAGCCACAGCAGGACGUGAAGAACAAGCAAGCCCCCGUGCUGCAGUGCUGCUGCCUCCCUGCGCAGGCAGCUCGUGCAGAGCCCUGUGCUGCGCUGCACCGGCGGCUCCGUGCUCGGCCGGCAGCUGGCACCCCCCGGCCCAGCAGCACCUCUGGUGUCACCCCACGCGCUUCACCUGCUCUGUCGCAUUCUCUCCGAGAGCCCGUUACAGCGUGCUCGGAGCUGCUGGGAGCACGGCGUCCCUGCUGCUGGCUUUCCCAUUCCUGAGAGCGCGGGGACUACAGCAGGACGGGUGCCCCGUUCCUGUGCUGGCUGCACGGGGCCAUGGCUGCUUGGGGCAUGGCGAGCGGGCCCGUGGUGCUGCUGCAGUGACUGCUGCUGCUGCACACAGUUACACUCGGGCUCAAGCCUGGGCUUUGUGAAGGAUGCCCAUAGGAACUGCUUUGAUGUUUAUUAAACACUUAAAUGGAGAGAGAAGAAGCUGUUGCAAUUAAAAUACUUGGAAAUGAUGAGAAAUCUUAACUCUGGAAAAACUGCUUGUCUCUCCAUGGCCAUCAGCAGCAGGUCUGACCCUUUGUAUGCAGCACAGCUCAUGGGAGAAGUGAUGAAUACUUCACCUCUGCUUUCCCAGAGCACAAGGGUCACACUGCAAACGCUUUAGAAUUGAUCGAAGCAAACGUCACACUCAAAAAAUAAACCUCCUUUCAUUUUAGGAAAUCACAGUUUCCAUAUCUGCGCCAGCCUUGGAAACUAUCAGCUGUUUUUUCCAUUACCCUCCAUAUCACCUAAGGGGAGUCCGGGUUAAAUUAACGUGUGGCUGGAGACACAGGGCAGCUGCCAUUCCUGCUGUGGGCUCCACCACAGCCAAAUGCUGCUCGUGCUUGGUGCUGGGAGCUCUGCUCUCCCCCAGCAGCCUGCUUGGGCUGGUGGGGCGUUGGGCAGGGGGCAGCGGGCAGGGGACACGCCACAUCCCCAGACCCGUCCCUGGGGCCAGCCGCUCCAAGUGCGUGGGACAUCUUUUCCUCUCCUGCUCCACUCUGCCUCUCGGCUCCCCUGGCGUGGGGCUUGGCUGCACGGGGACAGAGCCAAGCCCGCAGCACGUUCCCUGCUGAGCAGCGCCCGUCCCUCCGGGCCUGGGAGUGCUGACACGGAGACCUCGCUCGGCACACUGCCCCGCUGCCCGUGUGUUCAGUGGGGUAUGCGCGCCCUUUCCAUCCUUAUGCCGUGUGGGCACUGUGGGCAGUGCUGCCUUCCCAGUUAUUUGAUCUAAGAUUUUGCAGAUUCCAGGAAGAACGUGACCGCACCAUUUUGUAAGCAGCAGGUCCUGCCUGCCUGUCCCUGGCACAAAAGCAGCCCCACUGCCCGGGGCUGGGUCUCUGUGACAAGGAGCUGUGCAAGACCCCGACCCCGCAGCCAGGGCCCUCGCUGCCCUGCUCGGACCCGUGACGAUCUGCAGGGAGGCAGAAGGGAUGGGGGCUGCCUCAGUUCCUUCUCCGGGGCUCACCCGGAUCAGUGCUCGGUUGGCAGGAUGGGCCGGCCAUGGGGGAACGCCUUUAGCUGCACGCUUUGACCCAUUUUUAUCUCAAGCAGAGAGGCUGGGUGGUGAAGCGGGAUGCGGGAGCUGCGUGACCAGGCUGGAGGAGAAGGAGGAGAGAGCCCUGGCCCCCGAGGAGAGAUAGAUGUGCAGCAUUACUUUACCGUGAACUUCACCCACGAGAACCAGAAGACCCUGGAGCUGCGGACCGAGGACGCCAAGGACUGCGACGAGUGGGUGGCGGCGAUCGCUCACGCCAGCUACAGGAACCUGGCCACGGAGCACGAGGCUUUGAUGCAGAAGUACCUCCAUUUACUUCAGAUCGUGGAAACUGAGAAAACUGUUGCCAAGCAACUUCGACAACAGAUUGAAGAUGGGGAAAUCGAGAUCGAGCGCCUGAAGGCAGAGAUCGCCUCCCUGCUCAAGGACCACGAGCGCAUCCAGUCCGUGCAGAGCAGCGCCCCGAGUGACGACGACAGCGACAUCAAGAAAAUCAAAAAGGUGCAGAGCUUCCUGCGGGGCUGGCUGUGCCGCAGGAAGUGGAAGACCAUCAUCCAGGACUACAUCAGGUCCCCCCACGCCGACAGCAUGCGCAAGAGGAACCAGGUGGUGUUCAGCAUGCUGGAGGCCGAGGCCGAGUACGUGCAGCAGCUGCACAUCCUCGUCAACAACUUCCUCCGGCCCCUGCGGAUGGCAGCCAGCUCCAAGAAGCCCCCCAUCACGCACGACGAUGUCAGCAGCAUCUUCCUCAACAGCGAAACGAUCAUGUUUUUGCACCAAAUCUUUUACCAAGGCCUGAAAGCAAGAAUAUCCAGCUGGCCAACACUUGUGCUGGCCGACCUCUUCGACAUCCUGCUGCCCAUGCUGAACAUCUACCAGGAGUUCGUCAGGAACCACCAGUACAGCCUGCAGAUCCUGGCGCACUGCAAGCAGAACCGCGACUUCGACAAGCUGCUGAAGCACUACGAGGCCAAGCCGGACUGCGAGGAGAGGACCCUGGAGACCUUCCUGACCUACCCCAUGUUCCAGAUCCCCCGGUACAUCCUGACGCUGCACGAGCUGCUGGCUCACACCCCGCACGAGCACGUGGAGAGGAACAGCCUGGAUUAUGCCAAGUCCAAGCUGGAAGAGCUGUCCAGGAUAAUGCACGACGAAGUGAGCGAGACCGAAAAUAUUCGGAAAAAUCUGGCGAUAGAGAGGAUGAUUAUUGAAGGCUGUGAGAUUCUGCUGGAUACCAGCCAGACUUUUGUCAGGCAAGGGUCCCUCAUCCAAGUGCCGAUGUCGGAGAAGGGGAAGAUCACGCGGGGGCGCCUGGGGUCCCUCUCGCUGAGGAAGGAGGGCGAGCGGCAGUGCUUCCUCUUCUCCAAGCACUUGAUCAUCUGCACCCGGGGCUCGGGCGGAAAGCUGCACCUCACCAAGAACGGCGUCAUCUCCCUCAUUGACUGCACCCUGAUAGAGGAGCAGGAGAGCACCGACGAGGACGCGAAAGCGUCGGGGCAAGACAUUGACCACCUCGACUUCAAAAUUGUGGUGGAGCCAAAAGAUGCCUCAUCUUUCACAGUCAUCCUCGUGGCAUCGUCCAGGCAGGAGAAGGCUGCCUGGACCAGUGACAUCAGCCAGUGCGUGGACAACAUCCGCUGCAACGGCCUCAUGAUGAACGCCUUCGAGGAGAACUCCAAGGUCACCGUUCCCCAGAUGAUCAAGUCUGAUGCCAGCUUGUAUUGUGAUGAUGUUGACAUUAGGUUCAGUAAAACGAUGAAUUCCUGCAAGGUCCUCCAGAUCCGCUAUGCAAGCGUGGAACGGCUCCUGGAGAGGCUGACGGACCUGCGGUUCCUGAGCAUUGACUUUCUGAACACAUUCCUGCAUUCGUACCGCGUCUUCACCACCGCCCUGGUCGUCCUCGACAAGCUCAUCACGAUCUACAAGAAGCCGAUCAGCGCCAUCCCUGCCCGGUCCCUGGAGCUCCUGUUUGCCAACAGCCAGAACAACAAGCUGCUCUACGGCGAGCCCCCCAAGUCCCCCAGGGCCAACCGCAAGUUCUCCUCGCCGCCCCCCCUCUCCAUCACCAAGUCCUCGUCCCCCAGCCGGCGCAGGAAGCUCUCCCUGAACAUCCCCAUCAUCACGGGGGGGAAGGCGCUGGACCUGGCUGCGCUCAGCUGCUCCUCCAACGGCUAUGCAAGCAUGUACUCGUCCAUGGCUCCGUUCAGCAAGACCACUCUGGAUAUAAACAAACUGUACGUGUCCAGUAACUAUCCCAACAAAAUCCCUGACGAAGGAGAAGCAGCCUCAGAAAAACAAGAGGAAUCGCUGCCGAGCAAGCAGAGUUCAGACGUGUCUGUCAGGGAGGAGUCUGACACUGACCCCAACCAGAGCGACGAGGCGGAGACUGAAACUUCCCCAACAAAGUCUCCGACUACUCCCAAGUCCAUCAAGUGCAAAAACUCAUCAGACUUCUCCUUGUUUUCCUACAACAACGGCGUGGUGAUGACGUCCUGUCGGGAGCUCGACAGCAACCGCAGCGCCCUGUCUGCCGCCUCUGCCUUCGCCAUAGCCACGGCGGGCGCCAACGAGGGGACGCCCACCAAGGAGAAGUACCGGAGGAUGUCCCUUGCCAGCGCAGGCUUCCCAACCGACCAGCGGAACGGGGACAAGGAGUUUGUGAUCCGGAGAGCGGCCACCAACAGGGUCCUCAACGUGCUGCGGCACUGGGUCUCCAAACACUCACAGGACUUUGAAACCAACGAGGAGCUGAAGUUCAGAGUGAUUAGCUUUCUGGAGGAAGUUAUUCACGAUCCUGAGCUCCUGACCCAGGAGAGGAAAGCGGCAGCCAAUAUUAUAAGGACUCUGACGCAGGAGGAUCCCGGAGACAACCAGAUAACCCUGGAGGAGGUGGUGCAGAUGGCUGAGGGAGUCAAAGCAGAGCCUUUUGAAAAUCACUCGGCUCUGGAAAUAGCAGAGCAGCUGACGCUGCUCGAUCACCUCGUCUUCAAGAAGAUCCCGUACGAGGAGUUCUUUGGGCAAGGCUGGAUGAAGCUUGAGAAGAACGAAAGGACUCCUUACAUCAUGAAAAACACAAAACACUUUAACGACGUCAGUAACUUGAUAGCGUCUGAGAUCCUGCGCAACGAGGAGAUCAACGCGCGAGUGAGCUCCAUCGAGAAGUGGGUGGCCGUGGCGGACAUCUGCCGGUGCCUGCACAACUACAACGCCGUGCUGGAGAUCACCUCCUCCCUCAACCGCAGUGCCAUCUUCCGCCUGAAGAAAACCUGGCUCAAGGUUUCCAAGCAGACGAAGGCUCUGAUCGACAAGCUGCAAAAGCUGGUGUCGUCGGAGGGCAGGUUCAAGAACCUGAGGGAGGCGCUGAAGAACUGUGACCCUCCUUGUGUCCCCUACCUGGGGAUGUACCUGACCGACCUGGCCUUCAUAGAGGAGGGGACCCCGAAUUACACCGAGGACGGGCUGGUGAACUUCUCCAAAAUGAGGAUGAUUUCCCACAUCAUAAGAGAGAUCCGCCAGUUCCAGCAAACCUCCUACAAGAUCGAGCACCAGCCUAAGGUGACGCAGUACUUGCUGGACCAGUCGUUCGUGAUGGAUGAGGAAACCCUUUACGAAGCGUCUCUGCGAAUAGAGCCCAAACUGCCUUCCUGAAGCCCGAGAGCGGCCGGCGGCUGCUCGUGUACACACGCUAUACCAUACUGUACAUAGCUCUUUGUUUAUGUCGGACGCCCUGGAGUGACUCCCACGUAUGUGCUUCUCCGAGCAAACCCAGCCCCUCGGUAUUAGGCCACAGUAGCCCUCGCGUAGGAUUUCCCGCGUUGUUUGAGGUUUCACGCGUUGACACUUUGCUGGAGUCCCGGUUUCUUUUCGAUGAUGUUAUUUUUGUCAUUUGUUCUUCUCGAGGGGGUUGGGGGCAGCGGGGCGGCGGGACGUACACGAGCCGUGCGGGCACUCGCCUCCCUCGCCCAGCCUGGCACGGGGAGCGGCUGCGUGGCGCCGGGCUGCAGGGCAGGGGGACGCGGCUGGCGCCCGCGGGCGCUGUCUGCGGCCCUGUCUCUGUAAGGCAGUGGAACAGCAUCAAUUAAAGUUAUCCCACCGUACGAAGCUGCCCUCUCUUUGUGUGCCACCACCCCCUGCCAGGGGGCUCCUGCGCGGACCUCCCGCUGCGAGCGGGGAGAGGAAACGGACCUCGUGCCCUUAGCUGCAUUCUGCUCCUGCAAGCUCCUGUUGAUAUGCUACAGCUCCGUAUUCCUUGUGACAACUGAGUAACAUGAUGUAGAAUUAGACAAAAUGACCGAGUGUUUUUAUUACAUAUACUGUAAUCCUGUCUAACCACCUUCUAGCAGGAAUAUAGUAAUGUAGUGCUUAUUCUGUGAAUAUUACCAUGUAUUUUUUACAUUGUACAGUAUAUAAACACAGUUUAACUUUAAAGUGGCAGGCAUGCUCCACUAUAACAGACAGAAAACUUUUGCUGUAAGCAAUACCUCGUGGUAUGAGAAUUCUAUUUCAAGCCCUAAAAUAUUUCAACUUACAGCUUGUUUGGAAAAAUAUUUCCAUUUUUGUAAAAAUAUAUGUUUCCUGAUUACCUCUUGCUAAUAAAUCUAUUCUAUCUCAGGGUGA